GCAUGCGCCGCCGGCCUCCCCGCGCCAGCAGAAGUCGGAGUCGCUGUUGGGAGCGGUGUCUACGGUUGAGCUGAGGGCGCAGGCGCCACGGCCCGUCGAGCCGGGUUCCAAGGCGGCUGGCUGCGGUAGCGUCUCCGUUUCCUUGUGGGCGGCCGCGCGGCCCUGGAUAGUCUGUAGAGAAUGCCAAAUGAGGGAAUCCCCCACUCAAGUCAAACUCAGGAGCAAGACUGUUUACAGAGUCAACCUGUCAGUAAUAAUGAAGAAAUGGCAAUCAAGCAAGAAAGUGGUGGUGAUGGGGAGGUGGAGGAGUACCUGCCCUUUUGUUCCGUGGGUGACGGGCUGUCCACCUCUGUUGUGGGGUGCGCAUCAGCAGCCCUGAGGAGAGGGCCAGCCCUGCUGCACAUCGACCGACAUCAGAUCCAGGCGGUGGAGCCUAGUGCCCAGGCCCUAGAGCUGCAGGGUUUGGGUGUGGAUGUCUAUGACCAGGACGUGCUGGAACAGGGUGUGCUUCAGCAGGUAGACAGUGCCAUCCAUGAGGCCAGCCGUGCCUCCCAGCUCGCUGACGUGGAGAAGGAGUAUCGGUCGGUCCUGGAUGACCUCACGUCAUGUACGACAUCCCUAAGGCAAAUCAAUAAAAUUAUUGAACAACUUAGCCCUCAAGCUGCCACCAGCAGAGACAUCAACAGGAAACUAGAUUCUGUAAAACGACAGAAGUAUAAUAAGGAACAACAGCUAAAAAAGAUCACUGCAAAACAAAAGCAUCUCCAGGCCAUCCUUGGAGGAGCAGAGGUGAAAAUUGAACUAGAUCACGCCAGUCUGGAAGAGGAUGCAGAGCCGGGGCCAUCCAGUCUUGGCAGCAUGCUCAUGCCUGUCCAGGAGACUGCCUGGGAAGAGCUCAUCCGCACUGGCCAGAUGACACCUUUUGGUACCCAGAUCCCUCAGAAACAGGAGAAAAAGCCCAGAAAAAUCAUGCUCAAUGAAGCAUCAGGCUUCGAAAAGUAUUUGGCAGAUCAAGCAAAACUGUCUUUUGAAAGGAAGAAGCAAGCUUGUAAUAAAAGAGCAGGUAGAAAAGCUCCAGCCCCAGUCACGCCUCCAGCCCCAGUGCAAAAUAAAAACAAACCAAACAAGAAAGCCAGAGUUCUGUCCAAAAAAGAGGAACGUUUGAAAAAGCACAUCAAGAAACUCCAGAGGAGGGCUUUGCAGUUCCAGGGGAAAGUGGGAUUGCCAAAGGCAGGGAGACCUUGGGGGUCAGACAUGAGGCCAGAGGCAGAGGGAGACUCUGAGGGUGAAGAGUCUGAGUAUUUCCCCACAGAGGAGGAGGAAGAGGAGGAAGAUGAUGAGGUGGAGGGGGCGGAGGCGGACCUGUCUGGAGAUGGUACUGACUAUGAGCUGAAGCCUCUGCCCAAGGGCCGGAAACGGCAGAAGAAAGUCCCCGUGCAGGAGAUUGAUUACGACUUUUUCCCAAGUUCUGGGGAAGAAGCUGAAGCUUCUCCUGUAGGAGGAGGAGGAGGAGGUCGGAAAGUGGGAAGAUACCGAGAUGACGGAGAUGAAGAUUAUUAUAAGCAGCGGUUAAGGAGAUGGAAUAAACUGAGACUGCAGGACAAAGAGAAACGUCUGAAGCUGGAGGACGAUUCUGAGGAAAGCGAUGCUGAAUUUGACGAAGGUUUUAAAGUGCCAGGUUUUCUGUUCAAAAAGCUUUUUAAGUACCAGCAGACAGGUGUUAGGUGGCUGUGGGAAUUGCACUGCCAGCAGGCAGGAGGAAUUCUGGGAGAUGAAAUGGGAUUGGGCAAGACCAUCCAGAUAAUUGCCUUCUUGGCAGGUCUGAGCUACAGCAAGAUCAGGACUCGUGGUUCAAAUUACAGGUUUGAGGGGUUGGGUCCAACUGUAAUUGUCUGUCCAACAACAGUGAUGCAUCAGUGGGUGAAGGAAUUUCACACGUGGUGGCCUCCGUUCAGAGUGGCAAUUCUACAUGAAACCGGUUCCUAUACCCACAAAAAGGAGAAACUAAUUCGAGAUGUUGCUCAUUGUCAUGGAAUUUUGAUCACAUCUUACUCCUACAUUCGACUGAUGCAGGAUGACAUUAGCAGGUAUGACUGGCACUAUGUGAUCUUGGAUGAAGGACACAAAAUUCGAAAUCCAAAUGCUGCUGUCACCCUUGCUUGCAAACAGUUUCGCACCCCUCAUCGGAUCAUUCUGUCUGGCUCACCGAUGCAAAAUAACCUCCGAGAGCUGUGGUCGCUCUUUGACUUCAUCUUCCCAGGAAAGUUAGGCACGUUGCCUGUGUUUAUGGAGCAGUUCUCCGUCCCCAUCACCAUGGGGGGAUAUUCAAAUGCUUCCCCAGUACAGGUCAAAACUGCUUACAAGUGUGCAUGUGUCUUACGAGAUACCAUAAAUCCAUACCUACUGCGGAGAAUGAAGUCAGAUGUCAAGAUGAGCCUUUCUUUGCCAGAUAAAAAUGAACAGGUCUUAUUUUGCCGUCUUACAGAUGAGCAGCAUAAAGUCUACCAAAAUUUCAUUGAUUCCAAAGAAGUUUACAGGAUUCUCAAUGGAGAGAUGCAGAUUUUCUCCGGACUUAUAGCCUUAAGAAAAAUUUGCAACCACCCUGAUCUCUUUUCUGGAGGUCCCAAGAAUCUCAAAGGUCUUCCUGAUGAUGAACUAGAAGCAGAUCAGUUUGGGUACUGGAAACGUUCUGGGAAAAUGAUUGUUGUUGAGUCUUUGUUGAAAAUAUGGCACAAGCAGGGUCAGCGAGUAUUGCUGUUUUCUCAGUCAAGGCAGAUGCUGGACAUACUUGAAGUAUUCCUUAGAGCCCAAAAGUAUACCUAUCUCAAGAUGGAUGGUACCACUACAAUAGCUUCAAGACAGCCACUGAUUACAAGAUACAAUGAGGACACAUCCAUAUUUGUGUUUCUUCUGACCACGCGGGUGGGCGGCUUAGGUAUCAACCUGACGGGGGCAAACAGAGUUGUGAUCUAUGACCCCGACUGGAACCCAAGCACAGACACACAGGCCCGGGAGCGAGCAUGGAGAAUAGGCCAGAAGAAGCAGGUGACUGUGUACAGGCUCCUGACUGCGGGCACCAUUGAAGAAAAGAUCUACCACCGACAAAUCUUCAAGCAGUUUUUGACAAAUAGAGUGCUGAAAGACGCCAAACAAAGGCGGUUUUUCAAAUCCAAUGAUCUCUAUGAGCUAUUUACUCUGACUAGUCCUGAUGCAUCCCAGAGCACUGAAACAAGUGCAAUUUUUGCAGGAACUGGAUCAGAUGUUCAGACACCCAAAUGCCAUCUAAAAAGAAGGAUUCAACCAGCCUUUGGAGCAGCCCAUGAUGUUCCAAAAUGCAAAAAGUUCCCUGCUUCUAACAUAUCUGUAAAUGAUGCCACAUCAUCUGAAGAGAAAUCUGAGGCUAAAGGAGCUGAAGUAAAUGCAGUAACUUCUAAUCAAAGUGAUCCUUUGAAAGAUGACCCUCACAUGAGUAGUAAUGUAACUAGCAAUGAUAGGCUUGGAGAAGAGACAAAUGCAGUAUCUGGACCAGAAGAGUCGUCAGUGAUUAGUGGAAAUGGGGAAUGUUCAAAUUCUUCAGGAACAGGCAAAACUUCUAGGCCAUCUGGUGAUGAAAGCAUUGAUGAAAAGUUAGGUCUUUCUUACAAAAGAGAAAGACCCAGCCAGGCUCAAACAGAAUCUUUUUGGGAGAAUAAACAAAUGGAAAAUAAUUUUUGUAAGCACAAGUCAAAAACAAAACAUCAUAGUGUGGCAGAAGAAGAGACCCUGGAGAAACAUCUGAGACCAAAGCAAAAGCCUAAGAACCCUAAGCAUUGCAGAGACGCGAAGUUUGAAGGAACUCGAAUUCCACACCUGGUGAAGAAAAGGUGUUACCAGAAGCAAGACAGUGAAAACAAGAGUGAGGCCAAGGAACAGAGCAAUGAUGAUUAUGUUUUGGAAAAGCUUUUCAAAAAAUCAGUUGGCGUGCACAGUGUCAUGAAGCACGAUGCCAUCGUGGAUGGAGCCAGCCCAGAUUAUGUACUGGUGGAGGCAGAAGCCAACCGAGUGGCCCAGGAUGCCUUGAAAGCACUGAGGCUCUCUCGUCAGCGGUGUCUGGGAGCAGUGUCUGGUGUUCCCACCUGGACUGGCCACAGGGGGAUUUCUGGUGCACCAGCAGGAAAAAAGAGUAGAUUUGGUAAGAAAAGGAAUUCUAACUUCUCUGUGCAGCAUCCUUCAUCAACAUCUCCAACAGAGAAGUGCCAGGAUGGCAUCAUGAAAAAGGAGGGAAAAGAUAAUGUCCCUGAGCAUUUUAGUGGAAGAGCAGAAGAUGCAGACUCUUCAUCCAGGGCCCUCGCUUCCUCCUCACUCUUGGCUAAAAUGAGAGCUAGAAACCACCUGAUUCUGCCAGAGCGUUUAGAAAGUGAAAGCGGACACCUGCAGGAAGCUUCUGCCCUGCUGCCCACCACAGAACACGAUGACCUUCUGGUGGAGAUGAGAAACUUCAUUGCUUUCCAGGCCCACAUUGAUGGCCAGGCCAGCACUAGGGAGAUACUGCAGGAGUUUGAAUCCAAGUUAUCAGCGUCGCAGUCUUGUGUCUUCCGAGAACUAUUGAGAAAUCUGUGCACUUUCCAUAGAACUUCUGGUGGUGAAGGAAUUUGGAAACUCAAGCCAGAAUACUGCUAAACAACAUUGCUUCCUAAACUUUCAAGUCCCUUUUUCUAACGGGCAUUUCUGAUUAUUAAUUUAUUAUUAAUAAUCAUGUUUGUCAACGGAAGUUGGCUGCACUUGAUGUUUGUUUGCAUGAUGUCUACCUCAGAAUUAAAACUUUAAGGAGGAAGAAA